GCUGGGGGCCUGACCCCGUCUUGCUGUGUCCAUGCUGACCCCGGCUUUGCCCCCUUCCUGCUGUGCCCUGGGCUUCCUGGCCAUGCCCAGUGCCCGCCCCCAUGGAGCUGCGCGACUACCAGUGGGAAGUGAUCCUGCCCGCCCUGGAGGGCCAGAACAUCAUCAUCUGGCUGCCCACGGGCGCCGGGAAGACCCGGGCGGCCGCCUACGUGUGCAAGAGGCAUCUGGAGACCCGGGAGCGGGCCAAGGUGGCUGUGCUGGUGAACAGGGUGCACCUGGUGGAUCAGCACUACCAACAGGAAUUCCGGGCGCUGCAGGAUCGCUUCCAGGUCACUUCAGGGAAUUUUCGGGGCAGGUGGGUUCGGCCCAGGAGCCUGACUGGGCCUUUCUCCCACGUCGGGUGGCCAGGUGCACCUGGUGGAUCAGCACUACCAACAGGAAUUCCGGGCGCUGCAGGAUCGCUUCCAGGUCACGGCCAUCAGGACCCGGACAUGCACGUGGAGCUGACGGAUUUCUCCCUGCUGGUGAUUGACGAAUGCCACCACACCCACAAGGACGCCGUCUACAACCGGAUCAUGGAGGAUUACCUGGAGCGCAAGCUGAAGGGCCAGAAGAAGCUGCCGCAGAUUCUGGGCCUCACUGCCUCACCCAGCACUGGGGGGGCCAGCACCUUCCAGGGGGCCCGGCAGCACAUCCUGCAGAUCUGCGCCAACCUGGACACGGCCAAAAUCAUGUCGUCCCAGAAGCACCGCCGGCACCUGGAGGCUCAGAUCCCGCAGCCCAAGAAGCAGUACGACGUGUCCCAGGAGAGGCCGCAGGACCCCUUUGGCAGGAAGCUCAAAGAGAUCAUGGCCCAGAUCCACCAGCGCCUGGACGUUCCCGAGGUGCCGCAGGACUUCGGCACGCAGGUCUACGAGCAGCGCAUCGUGGAGCUGCGGAAGGCUGGAGCCGCGUCGUUGUGCCGGAAGGCCUUCCACACCCUGGACGAGUUCUACCUGCAGGAAAAGGCCACCAAGACCCUGCAGAACGCCACUGAGGGCUUCCUCAUCGAUACCUUUGAUGAGAACAGGGGCACCCUGCGGGCGCUGGCCGACGACGCGCGCUACGAGAACCCCAAACUGAGCAAGCUGGAGAAAAUCCUCCUGGAGCGGUUCCACACCCCGGGCAGCGCCCGCGGCAUCAUCUUCACCAAGACGCGCCAGAGCGCCCAUGCCCUGUACUUGUGGAUCCGGGAGAACACGACGCUGACUGGAGCCGGCUACAGCAACCAGACCAAGCACAUGACCCAGAACGAGCAGCAGGACGUGAUCAAUCAGUUCCGCAAGGGAGCCUUCAACCUGCUGGUCUCCACCAGCGUGGCCGAGGAGGGCCUGGACAUCCCCGAAUGCAACAUCGUGGUUCGCUACGGGCUGAUGACCAACGAGAUCGCCAUGGUGCAGGCCAGGGGCCGCGCCCGGGCUGAGGACAGCCUGUACUCCGUCCUCGCCCAAGCCAACAGCAAGGAGGUGUCCCGGGAGCGGCGGAAUGAGACCCUGGAGGAGCUCAUGCAAAGAGCCAUCGAAGCGGUGCAGGCCAUGCCGGAGGAGGAGUACCGGGACACGAUCACAGACCUGCAGCGAAGCGCCAUCAUUAGCCGGAAGGUGAAGAAGGCCGAAUCCCACCAGAAACGGCGGCUGCACGACCCGGACGCCGUCCGGCUGCACUGCGGGUCCUGCCACGUGGCCGUGUGCCACGGCAACGACCUGCGCACCGUGGAGAAGAUGCAUCACGUCAACAUCAACCCCAACUUCAAGUUUUACUACAGAGCCACGUCCGGCCAGGUGGAGAUCCCCCGCAACUUCAAGGACUGGAAGCCAGGGGGCAGCAUCAGCUGUGCAAACUGCGGGCAGGCCUGGGGUAUGGAGAUGAUCUACCGCAGCGUGACGCUGCCCAUGCUCUCCAUCAAAAACUUCGUGGUGGCCACGCCGGACGGGAACAAAGAGCACAAGAAAUGGAGCGGGGUGACUUUCGCCAUCGAGGAGUUUGACUACGAGGAGUACUGCAGCAGCACGUUCGACUUGGACAUCUAGCAGCCGGCCCACGCAGGAGGCUGCCCGAGCCCCAGCCGGCCUCCCGUGGCGAGGCGGCGCCUUCGCCCAGUCCCUGGCGUGGGGGGCAGGAGCCCCCUUGCCAGAGAGCACAAGGGACACGUAACCCUGCUUUGUUCAGGGGCAGCUCUGCCUUUCCUCCGUGGUCUAGAACAGGCCUGGGCAACAUACGGCCCACGGACCCAGCCUGUGGAUUCUGUGGGGAACCUCAGGUCAGCUCCCCGCUUGCUUCGUCCCAUCCGCACGCCGGUCAAAAACGCGGCUGCGGGGCGUUUUUUCUUUAAAAACUCUGAGUCUGGAGGGGGGAGGGGAAGGGAGGAAUUGCUCCCACUCCCAGCAUGAUCCCAUUGGUCGGUGUCUGGCCAGAAACUGGCCAAUGGGAGCUGCCUGAUGCAGCCAGGAAGCACAAGGCGUUCCAGAGCACAUGGCUGCAGCCUGUGCAGGGGCGGGGCAGGCAGCAGGGUUCCCUCUAAGCUGGGCUGGCAGCCCCGCUUCACCGGUGAUUAAUCAGCCCAGCCCAAUUCCCUGCCCGAGGUCACA